AAUGGUAACAUUUAUCGAUUUCCAUUCCUGUGAUACCUCAUAUCUCUUCUUUUCCUUGAUUUUCAGAGAUCACUGACAACAAUCGAAUGCAUAAGUCCUUUUAGAGUCCAAUUUAUUAAGAGCAACUAGGUGUUCUCUUACUGUCUCCUCAACUACUUUUGCCUUCUGUUCUCUCGUUAUGUAGUUGUUACCAUUUAUAACCCAAAGAUUAUUUUCUUUCCAUCCAUUAACAUUGUGCCACCUUCUUCAUGCUGAUGUAGAUUUUUUUUUUACUAUUCCUUCCUCUGAUGGAGUUUUGUAGGACUUAGUACCUGAAGCUUUUUCCAGAAGCCUUAACUCAUGCUGGGCCCAGCCUUUCUUAUAGUCUUCUUCCAGAACUGCAUGACUUCUUGGUAUUUGUCCUUGACUAUGUGUGUUUCCUUCCAUUUUCAUGUGUAGCAUUUUCAAGUUUGAGCUUCCUGGGCAUCCACAUUAGUCUGCCACCACUUUUUUUCCUCACUGGAAUAGUUCUCUUCUGUGUGAUCAGAGUCACAUAUCUACAAAAGUAGAUUUUACAUGCAUUUUUGGCUACUCUACCUUUUAGAGUUUCUAUGCAUUUGGGGGAACAUGCUCAGGUUUACAAUCUCAGGGGAUUCUUGGCUCUUCCUUUUUCUUCCCCUCUCAAAUACAAUCAGUGUUCAAGUGUUACAAGUUCCACAUCCUUUCCUUAUUAAGUUACCGCCCUCUCAGUCUUUGAAUCAGAAGAAGGAGGUGGGAGCUGGUGGCCUGAGAUUCCUCCUUACCUGGACUCUGACCUCUGGAACUGACUUGGCUGAGCUAGGCCUGAGUAGAGCCUCAGGGCUGUGCCUGCUGAAAGCCUGUACCCUGAUGGAAUUGCGGUGAAAAGCUAGUAGUACAAAAGGCUCCUCCUCCUACCUGUGGACUCUAGCCCCUGCAGGCAGGGGCUGGCUUGACCAGAGCCAGAGCUAGCAUUGGACAGAGCUACUCCUCAGUAAUCCUGGCUGGGAGAAAGGUCAUUGCCUAGCUGGGGCAGAAAGAGGCCAAGCUGAGACUCCUCUCUCCAGGGAGCACAACAGCAGGGCAGAAGGGACAGAUCCACUUCGCUUUUGCCUUCACCAGAAAGUCACAAGCAAGAGACAACAGAACCAUCUGUUGGCAGGGCACGAGACAGCCUUUGGGAAGGAAAUGUCUCGAAGUGGUUGUAGUAAGGUGCUGUCCUCCUGUCUCAUCCAUGGAAUAGACCACCUGGUAAUGACCAUGAAGAGUAUUGAAGAAACUACAUCCUUUUAUGCAAAAUCACCCUCAUUCCACGUGUUCAUUGGCUGUUCAGGAAACCGGAAAGCCUUGUGCUUUGGGAAUCAGAAAUUUAAUCUUCACGAGGUUGGGAAGGAAUUUGAACCCAAAGCCCACAACCCUGUGCCAGGAUCCAUAGAUGUCUUCCUGAUUACGGACCGCCCUCUCCAAGAGGUGGUGGAACAUCUAAAGAACUGCAGCAUCCCUAUUGAAGAAGGCCCAGUGACCAGAACUGGAGCUCUGGGGCCAAUCGAAUCAGUGUACUUCUGAGACCCUGACAAGAAUCUGAUUGAAGUUUCCAGGUAUAUAACAGAACAUGUUGGAUACAAGCCACCAUUGUGCGCGUGCGCGGGUACGGGCGCAUGCGCGCUGCACGAGGAGCGGGGCCCGAAGCGCCGGGGGCGGGGGCGGGGGCGGGACCCUGGGAAGCUGAACACUGCCCACUGGCUGGCAUGGUGCCCUAACACCCGGCCAGCUUCAGGCUCAGGGGCAAAAGGUGCCUCUCGGGGGCUAUGCCCUACCUGGGCCGGCCCCCAAGGGAAAUCUGUGCAGGUCGGAGGCCUGGGGGCCGCUUCCAGUCAUAUUUUUGGUGCUCCCACAAAUAGCAGUGACUUCAGGAGCCGGCUUAAUUUAACCCUCGUGCUGGCCCCCUUUGGCUCCUGUGGUAGGAUAGAGAGCCCAGCCCCUUAUUGGGCCAAGACCCUCCCUGUUCGCAGCCCGGCCCAGCCCAGGGCAGGGCAGACCGACGGCGGAAGGAUGGACAGUCGGAAGGAGGGCCGAAGCUUGCCCAGGGUGCUUUUGGGGGGACUUGCUGGCCAGAUUCUCCCUCCACACGGGAAGGAGGAAAAGCAGACCAUCCCCCGGGGCUUCGGGGGGAGAACAAGACCUUCCCAAAUCUCUUUCCUGGGAUCUCCCUUCAUCCUGGGCAGAUGGGGUUGUCUCAGGCCCAAGCCCGAGAUCCUUCCACCUUUCCAAGCAUCGCUCCCCUCUGGAGCUCACGUAAGAGGAGUGAAGCUCAGCCAGGUGAAGUCCCUCCCGCCCAGGGCUCCGUCUCCUAGGCGCGCCGAACCCUCGCACCCAGCUGUCAGGUCGCUCGCUCGACGCCCCCCUCCCACCGAGCCCCGCCCCGCCCCCACCCAGGCAUCCCCGGCUCUGGCCUCCGCCCAAUUGGGGCGGUGGCAGACGAUGACACCUCCUCCCCUGCACCACCACCUCCUCCUUCUCCUCCUCCUCCUCCUCCUCCUCCUUCUCCACGGCCGGGAAGCCGGGAGGGCCGUACCUGGCUGGGGAUGGGAGGGACUGCCCUGCCUUGGUGUUCGCCCUCCCCCGCCCCUACUGGAGGGGCCCGAGUGCCCUAGGUUCGGGCCGGUCCCGCCUCCUUUCCCGCCCCACCCUCUCCCUCCCAGGCGGGCCUUCCUAUCCCCUCCUGCCGGGCCCCACCCUCUUCACCACCUCUCCGGCCCCGCCCCACCCCUCCGAGGCUCCGCGCGCUCGCCCCACCCUCUCUCGGUCCCCCUCCCCCUCUCUCGGCCGCCGCGGCUGCUGCCGCUGCGGGUCCCUUUUAAGGAGCUCCACCCAGGGGCAGCCCAGGGUGGGGCUGUCAGCCCGUUCACACCUCAUCGCUCAGUUGGAGAGAGACGAGUCCGAGACCCAGGGAGAGGAGAGACCAGAGAUCCGAGAAAGACACCGAGCCCGACGCGGGGCCAGAGAGAGGGGGGAGGGUCCUCGAGGGCCGCCUGCCGGUCCCCUCCCCUCCGAGCCCCUCUGCGCCCCGCCCCGCCGAGCCCCGUACCUCCCCUGGUCUGCCUAGGCCGGGGCCGGCGGGCCGGCGGAGCCCAGCAGGGCAGGACCGGGCCGGGCAGGGCAGAUCGCGGCCGCCGCCGCCUCCACGCCAUCCAGCCCCGGGAGCAGUGGUCGCUGCUACGGCUGCUGAAGCCCCUGGUCCCGGCUCCGUCUGGGCGAGCGAGCCCCGAGGGCGCCUUCUGGGGCUGGGGGCCCGGGGCCAAGCAGCCGGAGGGCGGAUGGGCAGAGGCCGAGGGGGGCUCGCCUCCGCCUCCUCCUGGGAACCCCGGGCGCCCUUGGAGGCCCGCUGGGGAGCCGCCGCUAGGGGAGGGGGCCGCUAGGCACGGGGUCCCCCUCCUCUUCCCCCCCCCGCCCCUCGGCCGGAUGCCUCGUGCACGCCUCCGGGGUCCUGGGCGCUAGGGGUGCCGCGCGCUGCCGCGGGCCUCGCACCCCGUUCCUGCCGCCACUGCUGGAGGGGCGUCGGGGCCGCAGUUUGGGGCCUGCCCCCCGAGCAUGAUCCUCCCCGCGGACGGCAUGAGCAGAGCGGCGCGGCCCCGCAGCGGGAGUCCCGAGCGGCGGACAGCGGCAGCCGCAGCGGCCCCAGCGGCCGGGCCGGGGAGCAAGAGAAGGACUUAUUUGGACCUUAGCAAUCUGAAGCUCUUCACAGAGAUUCUGGGAGAAAACCCUUUAAGAAAGCUGCGUCCUGAACUGGGCAGGUGUGGCCCAGCCCUCUACGCAUUGCUGUGACUCCAUCUGGUGACUCUUCUAUAUCUGUUUGGAGGAGCUGUGGACCGGAGCUCAGCUGCCCCACCUCUCGCUGCUCUGCCAUCUUGGUUCCACCCCCUGUGCCAGGACCACUUCAGGGCAUCCAGGUUCAUUUAAUGUCAUUGCCCCAGCUGCAGACUACGGGAAAGGCUUCUCUAGAUUGACAGAGAGGGGGAAGAUGACGUCUUCGUCACUUCUGGAGCUCAGCUCCAU